AUGGUCCCCAUUGAACUCACCCAGGAUGAGAGUGAUGCUCUCAACGCGAUGGAAACUUGCAUGUUGCACAAAGAGCUCAUCGGACAGCAUUUGGGGUACAAUAGCGUCGUCCUACCAAUGACUCCGGAAAGAAUGGCAGUUCUCCAAGCGUUGUUGAAUCAAAACGCUAUACUGAGCAUUCUUCCAACAAUGUUGUCCCACAUCGGAGUCGAUUUCUACAAAUGCAACAUUUUUGAUGUGAUCAACUAUGUCUCCGGGUUCUUUUAUGAAGGUGACCGUUUGCAACCACGUGUCCGUAUUCUUGACCCAACCAUGCUGGUCCAGUAUGGAGUAUUCUGCGAUUUUAUCGGAAAACCAAUCAAUAUCUUCAAGAUCUGGUAUGAGUUCUCGCGUCGUUACUAUCCGAAUCUCCACGUCAUGCAAACCCAAGUUUUGCAAGCGGCUCAGCAAAUAGACUUGAUGAAACUAGUCAAUGUAAACAUGGUUACUGGUGAAAUUCAGGGACCACAAGACAAGGUUCAGAUUGAAGCAGAUUGGCUGAGAUAUGAUUGA